AUGCCGUGGCGGCUGCUCUGCCUGGGCUGGCUGGUGGCCGCCGCCUGCCUGGCCGGGGCCGGGRCCGGGCCGGGCUGCGGGCGCCGCUGCUGCCCCGGCAGGAACAACGAGUGCUGGGCGCCGGGCGGCGGGGGCUCCCGCUGCUACUGCGACACGUACUGCGAGAAGACGCGCGACUGCUGCGCGGACCAGCGGGCGGCCUGCCGCCAGGCCGCGCUGGACUGCGUGGUGGGGCCCUGGGGGCCCUGGAGCGGCUGCAGCUCGGCGUGCGGCGUGGGCAGCCAGGCGCGCGGGCGCCACGUCGCCGUCCCGCCGCGCCACGGCGGGCAGCCCUGCCCCGACCUCAAGCAGCGCCGCGGCUGCCUGGGCGACCAGCUGCGCUGCCGCACGGCCAAAGACGUGGCCAAGAUCCUGCCCGACUCCUUCAAACGGCCCCGGGCGGAUGCGCAGCCAGGAGAGGGAGCAUUAAGCUCCUGCGGGUAUUUCCGCCUGACGGCAGUGGGUGCCGCGUGCCGCCGGAGCGCCUGGAGCAGCCGGCUGCGGCGGGAGCAGCGCGUGUGUGUGGAGUGCCGGGGCGCCGGCGGCGGGCGGCCGCGCUGCAGCGGCGACGGGCUGCCCGGCCUCAGGACAUUCUGGACAGCGGCGGCCGUGAGCGGCUGCCAGGGCGCCUGGGUGCGGGAGGAGCUGCGGGAGCCCUGCGCCUGCCCCCCGCGCUCGCUGCUCUUCGUGUAG